UUCGUAAAAUUAUUGUACGAUCUUUGAACACACCUGAUCCAGUUUCUUCAAAAUCACCUAAAACCCUAGAACAUCUUCAAUCUCCAUUUCUGCAACAAAAUCAUGAGUGAAUCACCAAACGAUUACAACCAGCACCAGUACGAUCAAGAUCAGCAGCAACCGCCUCAUCACUACGGCACUUUUCAAGGCGUAAACACCUAUCCGCCGCCGUCCGCACCGCCGGUGAUCGGUUUUCCUCAGCCGGUUCCGCCUUCCGGCACCUCCGGUGGUCCGGCAGUCAACCAUUACGUCCACGGUUAUCAGGCCGUUACAGGUUAUGCAAUUGCUGAAGGAAGACCUGUAAGACAGAGGCGGCUUCCAUGCUGCUGUGGUAUUGGUAUGGGAUGGUGCUUGUUCAUAAUUGGUUUCUUCUUGGCUGCAAUACCAUGGUACGUUGGAGCAUUCAUUCUGUUAUGCGCCAGAUAUGAUCGCCGUGAGAAACCUGGAUAUAUUGCAUGCCUAAUCGCUGCUAUUAUUGGAACAAUUGCUGUGAUAUUUGGUGUUACAAAUGAUGACUGGGACUGGGACUGGGAUUGGUGAUCGAUGUCAUCAGCAAGCAGAGUGAGAUGUACAGAAUUAAGAAUAUAAAUGAUUACUCUUUAUUCGACCAUGAACGUUUAUAAAUCGCAAAAAUAGACCUUCGACUGUGGUUAGUCAUAUUUAAUUGAAUCUUUAUGUUAUCCUUGUAAUCGUCUAUUCUACUUUGGUGUUCUUUAUUGUCUUUAGAUUUAAAUUAUGCAAUUUUUAUAUUCAA